UUGGAGUGAAAGUGGGUGAAUAAAUGCUAAUCACAUCCCUUUCCCCCAAAAUAAAGCCUCCAUUUCGCCCCUUUCCUGUUUGCUUUUAUUCCCCUUUAGUUAAAUCACCAGUAAUCAUGCUUUUAAAAGCUAGUCAGAGACAAACCACAGGUCAGGAAUGAAAUGCUCAACUAGCACUGCCAGAAAAACACGAGAGGGGGAGGUUUAGUGUGUGAGGAGCGUGAAGCCAAAGUUGAGGUGUCAUAUGUAAUGUCAAACUCUCAGUUCUCCAACAAUGCCAAUUGAGUAAACACACACAAAUGGUACGUACAAGUGAGGGAAUCGGGAGAGAGAGAGAGAGAGAAAGGAGGGGCCGUCCUUACUUGCUCUUCUAAGCGGGAGUGAGAGGAGGUCCAGAGGGAGGAGGCAAACGGGGAGAGCAGGAUCGAGAAAGAGAGUGAGGGAAAAGAAGUGGCGCUCUGUUUGCGGAGCAGUCUGGGACCAUGCUGUCAGGCAGCUCUCUGAUCUGGAUUGGGGCGCUGCUUCUGGGGCUCGAGGCUUCGCUGACCAGGGCGUCUGACUUCCAGCACCAUGGUUAUGAGGAGAUGGUGAGGGCUCUUUUUGCCAUCCAAAGCGAAUGCCCCUACAUCACUCGCAUCUACAGCAUCGGUCGCAGCGUAGAGGGACGGCACCUAUAUGUCCUGGAGUUCAGUGAUAAUCCUGGCAUCCAUGAAGCAUUGGAGCCCGAGUUCAAGUACAUAGGGAACAUGCAUGGGAACGAGGUGCUUGGUAGGGAGCUGCUCAUCUACUUAGCCCAGUUCCUGUGUGAGGAAUACCAGGCAGGAAACGAGCGAAUCACGCACCUCAUCCAUGACACACGGAUCCACAUCCUUCCUUCGAUGAACCCGGAUGGAUAUGAGGUUGCAGCCAGGCAGGGUCCAGAGCUCAACGGCUACUUAGUGGGACGUGGAAACGCAAAGGAGGUGGACCUGAACCGCAACUUCCCAGACCUGAAUGCUCUUAUGUAUUACUACGAGAAGCACAAUGGCCAAAACCACCACCUGCCACUGCCUGACAACUGGGAACUACAGGUUGAGCCGGAGACUUUAGCAGUGAUAAAAUGGAUGCAAAAUUACAACUUUGUUCUGUCGGCUAACCUCCACGGUGGCGCUGUAGUCGCUAACUACCCCUUUGAUAAGUCUCGCGAACCCCGGAUAAGAGGCAAAACAUCUAACUCGGCUACCCCCGAUGAUAAAAUAUUCAAAAAGUUGGCAAAGACGUACUCCUACGGCCACAGCUGGAUGCAUAAGGGCUGGAACUGCGGCGAUUACUUUGAUGAAGGAAUCACAAAUGGAGCCAGCUGGUACUCUCUGUCUAAGGGGAUGCAAGACUUCAACUACCUCCACACAAACUGCUUUGAGAUUACUCUGGAGCUCAGCUGUGAUAAGUUUCCUCCAGCGACGGCUCUCACCAAUGAGUGGCUGGCCAACAGAGAGGCUUUGGUGUCCUACAUGGAGCAGGUGCACCAUGGGAUUAAAGGCAUGGUCUAUGAUGAGAACAACAACCCAAUUAGCAAUGCUGUGAUCUCUGUGGCUGGCAUAAACCAUGAUAUCACCAGCGGAACGGAUGGAGACUAUUUCCGUCUGCUCUUGCCGGGUACCUACACAGUGACGGCUUCUGCACUAGGUUACCAACCUUUUACCAAAACAGUAACAGUGGGACCGGCUGAAGCUGUACAGUUGGAUUUCUAUUUGAAAGUUCAACCAAAAGGGACAAACUUGAACGUUAAAGCUUAUCCCAACAAGAAAGGUUCAACAACAUCUAAAAGUCCUCUGACCAACCUUGGCCCAAGAUAAAGAGCAAGAACAUAGACAAAACAAGUCGUUGCUUUUUAAACUGAAGAACAACAAAGGGAAACAUGGACACUCACUGUGUGCACACGAACCUCACUUUACUAUGUCAUGUAGAUUCUCUGUUGUUUGUAUAAAUGCAUAAAAGUGUUUUCAUUGUGAAAUCCAUAUAUUGCUCUCAUGUUCUUGUGGAGCAUAAAUAUAUACGUAUGUCUUAUAAUGGCUUGGAUUAUAAAGGAAAUGGGAAAAGGUAGGUAAUGUACUGUAAACAAAAGAUAUUUCUCUUUCUAUGAGAAAUUAAUCAUAGAUUAAUAGAGACAUUUAGAUGGAUUGUUACUGCAAAUUUUGUCUGAAUAUGAUAAGAGGUUGAUCAGUAUAAGAUUAAUUACCCCAUGUGGAUAAUAAUAAUAAAAUAAACAUUUUAUCAUUUAAAUAAGGUUGGUC